GCGAAGCUAUAUAAGCUCCGCGCACGCUGUGUUUCCCUCUUUUUGAAGAAGACGCGGUAGUGGUAGAGGGGUGGCUUGCCCUCGCCCUCCUGCUCCUGACUCACCGCUGUUCGCUCUCGCCGAGGAACAAGUCGGUCAGGAAGCAGCGCCGCAGCCAUGGCUUUUAAGGACACCGGAAAGACACCCGUGGAACCAGAGGUGGCCAUUCACCGGAUUAGAAUUACUCUAACCAGCCGCAACGUAAAAUCCCUGGAGAAGGUGUGUGCUGACUUGAUUAGAGGCGCAAAGGAGAAGAACCUCAAAGUGAAGGGGCCGGUUAGGAUGCCUACCAAGACUCUGAGAAUCACUACGAGGAAAACUCCUUGUGGCGAAGGUUCUAAGACCUGGGAUCGUUUCCAGAUGAGAAUCCACAAGCGACUCAUUGACUUGCACAGUCCUUCUGAGAUCGUUAAGCAGAUCACUUCCAUCAGUAUUGAGCCUGGGGUAGAGGUUGAAGUCACCAUUGCUGAUGCCUAAAUCAACUAUUUUAAUAAACUUAUUAUCAGUUGGUAAA